GUGCGCUGGUUCAUCCAAAGGCCUUCAUGGAGCGCCAUGCCUUCUGUCUUCUCCCCUCAUCUCCGCUUACCCUCAUGUGCGCUGGUUCAUCCUGAAGGCCUUCAUGGAGCGCCAUGCCUUUCCGCGCAUCUUCUUCCUCGACUCGGAUGUCAUUCUCUUUGCCAACGUCACUGAGCUCGCCACCAUGCUGUUUUCAAGGGUGCACCUCGUGGUGUCGCAGCGCUGGCCCAGGUACGAACGCAUGUGCUUGCCUAGGUGUGCAGGUAUUCAGGCGUGUGGGCUACCCGUAUGCGUGUGGGGCAAUGUGGCUGCAUGGUGGGCUACACGUGGGUGCAUCUUCUUCCUCGACUUGGACGUCAUCCUCUUUGCCAACAUCACUGAGCUCGCCACCAUGCUGUUUUCAAGAGUCCGCCUCGUGGUGUCGCAGCGCUGGCGCAGGUACGAGUGGGUGCGUAGGCAUGGGUGCAUAGGUUAUGGGUGCGUAGUGUGGGUGCGUAGGUAUGGGUGCAUAGGUAUGGUGUGUAGGUAUGGGUGCGUAGGUGUUCGGGGUGGUGGUUAUGGUGCGGGGUGUAUAGCCAUCUUUUUACUCGACUCGGACGUCAUCCUCUUCGCCAAUGUCACAGAGGUCGCCACCAGGCUGUUCUCGAGAGUUCACCUGGUGGUGUCGCAGCGCUGGCCCAGUAUGGGCGUGGAUGUGUCGGUGCCUCGUCGCCAACAUCACAGAUCUCGCCACCAGGCUCUUCUCGAGAGUUCAUCUGGUGGUGUCGCAGCGCUGGCCCAGGUGUGUGGAUGCCUAUUUGCCAACGUCACUGCACUCGCCACCAUGCUGUUUUCCCGCAUGCACCUGGUGGGUGUCCCAGCGCUGCCUACUUUUGAGGCGCCUCAAAAGUCGUCGCCAUUCUCCUUUCCUGCAUGUAUCUGGUGGCUGUCCCAGCGCUGGCCCAGCCCCGCUCUAUCGGAGCCCCGGGCCCCAGCCAGUCCCAACCAGUAUGCAUCCACGCUAGUGAGCGGUCACGUGUCCCUCUGGACGUACGAUGCCCUCUCUGACUGUUCCCUCCCCUUCCUUCCCUCCUUCCCUCACCCAUUCCUUAACAGUCUUCGUGCCCCAGGCCCCAGCCAGUAUGCGUCCACAGCAGUGAGUGGGCACGUGUCCCUCUGGACGUACGAUGCUCUCUCUGACUUCCUCGACUUCUUCCAGCUGUUUGUUCAGUGCAUCUGUGACAAGGAGAGUGGGGUCACUCCCGAGCGGUCAGCGCGCAUACGGGGGAAGUUCACACCCAAGUUCCGGGUCGACUCGUUUGCAACGCCCCGCUGGUGCAACGCCACAGACUGGUGGGACGAGGGGUGGUGCGUCUUUGAUAACAACUUCUCCAUCCAGACGCCCACUCAAUUCUUUAAGUAUCGUCCUCAGGACGGCAUGAAGUGCCCCUCUUCUAUGCACUACACUCAUUUUGACGACUGGGCCAAGGAAGGGGAGAAGCAGACGUCGCCGGUUCAAUUCCUGGGAGUGCACUUUCAGGCGCACAGAAAGGGGUACCUCACAAGGGGGGAUGAUCCAGCAGCCACAUGGGGUUCGAGCCCUGACUGA